AUGAUAGGUGUGUCACCGGAACCAUAUCUUGAUUUAAUUUUAAAUCCAUUUAAUAAACGUGAAUGGGAUUAUCUUUCACUUGGUCCGUCGUAUAUUCGAUUAAAUCAAAGUGCCAUUCGUCCAGUUAAACAACAAAAAGUUCAAAUAAAAAGUCAGCUUAAAGAUAUUUAUAAUAAAGUCGAAAAUUAUCUUGUUAAAAAACAACGUAUGCCAAAAACAGCACGCAUUUUGAAACAAUAUUCGGAUCAUCUUGACGAUUAUUUCAAUCAGUCAUAUUUUGCACCAAUAUGCUAUAAAGAUCAAAUUCAAGCACAAGAACAAGCAUAUACUGCAAAAUCAAUUCGUAAUAAAAUUCAGAAACAUAAACUUAUUCUUCGGGUUACUGACAAGAGUAAUAAUUUUUAUAUUGGUUCAAAAACUGAAUAUGAAAAGAAAACGGUCAACUAUUUCUCUGAUACAAAUGCUUUUAUUGAAUUAAGAGAGAAUCCAUUCAAUGAAAUUAUGAUCGAAGUUACCAAUUUACUGAAAACAUCCGCCAAAGAUAAAAUCAUCUGCCAAUGGCAAGAAAGAGAUAUGAUGCCUAAUCUAACGACAUCGGAACUAUCUCAUUUAUAUUUUAAUCCAAAAACACAUAAGGAUGGUAUUCCUGUUCGGCCUAUCGAAAAUACAAUACAUUCUGCAACAAAAAACAUUUCGACAUUUUUAGAUCAACGUAUACGACCCAUAUUCAAUGAUAAAUGCAGCAUAACAAUCAUUAUUGAUGGUGAUCAGUUAAUCAAACAAUUACGCAUAUAUGAAAUGAACGGUCUCCUUAAAUCAACGACACUUUUUUGUACAUUUGAUAUUCACAAUUUAUAUACGAUUUUACCACAAGAUGAAGCACUUGAUACUCUAAUUGAAUUUCCUUCUACGUAUGGUUAUACAAGGGUUAUAGGAAUUGCUCUUGAUGCUCUUAGGAAAUUAUCAUCCGUUGUAUUAAAAGAGAAUGUUUUUGUCUACGGUAGAAAAAUUUAUCGACAAAUUCUUGGUGGUGCUAUGGGUUCAGCAUUGACAUUAACAUUAGCAAAUAUUUUCAUGUGGAAAUGGCAACAAAAACUCGUUGAAGAACAACAACAAUCUGGCGAAUUUUAUGGCCGAUACAUAGAUGAUGUUUUUAUGACAUGGAAUAGAUCAGAAGAAGAACUACGACAAUUAUUAAAUGGUGCCAAUGAAUGGCAUCCAAAUAUUAAAUUAGAUUAUCAAAUCGGUAAAAGUCUUCCAUUUCUCAAUGUUCUCGUAACUAAUAAUGAUGGGAUUUUAACUACAUCAGUUUAUCAUAAGCCAGCAGCUGAACCAUAUGUCGUUCCUUAUACUUCUGACCAUCCACGUCAUGUCUUUGGAAAUAUUAUUCAAAGUGCCCUCAAUCAAGCUAUGAGAUACUCAUCUACAUUUGAAAACUUUCAAAAAGAACAACGCUAUAUUAGACUUAAGCUUCUCUAUAAUGGUUAUCCAAGCUCAAUUAUUGAGAAAGAAUAUCGUAUGUUUUUUCUUGGACAUAUAAGUACAACGUCAUUUUUAUCAUUACUUCAAAACGAAAGUCAAUUUCAUCUAAUGCGUGAUCAUAUAAUGAAUCUAUCAACAAUCGAUGCUAUACACCAAAUUGACAAUGAAAUUCAACAUUCAAACAUCAAUCAACAACAACAAGAAUCAAUAUCAACAGUCGAAGAGAGACAGAAAAAGUAUCAAGACAAAAUAAUUGUUCAUUAUACACAUGAAAAACGAUUUUCACCAACCAAACGAGAUCUACAUAAAAAAUAUACAGAUAUAUUUCAAAAUACACCAGCAAUGAAUGUUCGACUCAUUGUCGGUAGUCGAAAUCGCCGAUCGGCACAGCAUGAUUUAAUACGAAAAAGACCACCAAAGCGAUUACUACAAAACAGACCUUCGAAAAGUAAGCCUUUCAACAUUCUAUCAUAA